CAUAUCUAUUUUCUGAAAGUCCACAAAUCAGCGAGUUCCACUUUGAUGAACAUUAUAUUACGAUUUGCCAUUCAUAGGAAUUUGUCAGUUAUGCUGCCUCGAAAGGGUAAUAAAGUUCGUAGAUUCAAAAACUCAAGUAGCCUUAUAUUACCAUCAUUUCACCCUAGCGGUUUGUAUGACAUCAUGUGUAACCACGCGGUUUAUAUUCGGCAAAAUAUGGCGCCUUUAUUUCCAAAAGACACUGUUUACGUCGGUAUUGUGCGGCAACCGUUCAAUCAGUUUGUGUCUGCUUUUGUAUACUAUCGUGACAAGUAUAAACUGAAAUAUCUGAAACGAAUACAGGGAGAUAACCCAAUCAGAACAUAUUUAAAUAACCCUUCCAAAUAUGAAUCAAAAAGUCCGGGUUUUUCAUACACGAAUAACCGGAUGGCGUAUGAUUUCGGAUAUCCGCCGAGCGAUUUUCAAAAUAUUUCAAAAUUUAAAGAAUAUCUUGUGCAGCUUGAGAGUGAAGUGCAUUUUGUGUUAGUAGUUGAAUAUUUUACAGAAUCGUUGAUUUUAUUGAAACGAUUCCUGAAUUGGAGUUUUCAAGAUAUUUUAUAUGUGAUACGCAAUGUACGUGCAAACACUACAAUGGAUUUAAACUUUACAGAUUCUGAUAAACAGCUUCAUAAACGUUGGGCCAUCUUGGACUACACACUUUAUGAGCAUUUCAAAACUGUGUUGCUUCAAAAAAUC